AUGAACAAUAAUAUUGCAGCGGCUGCAGAAACUUCGGAUUCAAACGACACCAUUUAUGCAAACAUCCAUCAAAACAAGCGUGCAAGAUUGGACGCCAACGCCGAGUCCUCAUUUGGGAAAUUCAAAGGUGUUGUGCCACAGCAGAAUGGGCAUUGGGGAGCUCAGAUUUACGCGAACCACCAGAGGAUUUGGCUCGGCACCUUCAAAUCGGAGACGACAGCAGCAAUGGCUUAUGAUAGUGCCGCCAUCAAGCUGCGAAGUGGUGACACACAUAGGAAUUUCCCAUGGACAAGCCUUACCCUUCAAGAGCCUUAUUUCCAAAACCAUUACUCCACGGAAGCUAUUCUCAACAUGAUCAAGGACGGUUCUUAUCCCUCUAAAUUCGCGGACUUUGUCAUGAGGACUCAAUCUAAGAGCAAGCAAAUCGAUAUAAGUGUCAACAAAGUGAAGGUUCAUGGGGACACACAGUACAUGUGCAAGCAGCUGUUCCAGAAGGAAUUGACACCCAGCGAUGUUGGAAAACUGAAUAGGCUAGUGAUUCCCAAGAAAUAUGCGGUCAAGUAUUUCCCAUAUAUUUGUGAAAAUUUGGAUGAGAAUAUGGUUCUGGAUGACAUAGAGCUAGUAUUCUAUGACAAGCUCAUGAGGACAUGGAAAUUUCGCUACUGCUAUUGGAGAAGCAGCCAGAGUUUCGUGUUCACGAGGGGUUGGAAUCGAUUUGUGAAGGAAAAGAAUUUGAAGGCAAAUGAUGUUGUCACGUUUUACACGUGCGAGUCCAAUAAUGAUCAUACUGGGGACAAAAAAGCUGGCCAAGCAUUUUGCUUAAUCGAUGUUAGCCAUAAUCAUAGCAAUAUUAAUAAUGUUGGGGAUGAUCAUCGUGAUCAUAACAUUCAUGAAAGCAACAAAUGUUUUGAGGAGGAAGAUGAGGAGGAGGAGGAAGAGGUGGAGAAUCAUGUGGGAUUAAUGUUGGGGCAUAAAUUUGGAGGAAACAGCUGCAUCAAAUUUGACAGUAAAGCUGCUGCUGGUGAUCUUCAAUGUAAAUACAAGGAAGCAGCUGCUGUACAGGUUUCUAAUGAGGAGGAUAAAGGGUUUAGGCUAUUUGGUGUACGGAUCAACUGA